UGCACAGAAACAAACACAUCGAUACUAGUCUCACAUUCACCGCCACACUUCAAAAUACACCUCACGUCGACGUUACAACGAACGGAUAAAUGAAUUCAAUCUUACUGUGAUGUGUUUCAGGUUGUUUUAAACUUAAGGGCUUUAUUUUGAGUGUGUUAUUUAUAGGAAGUGCUCACCUGUAGAGUCACUCCCAUUGCUGGGCGAAUCUCCCCCGGAAAUAUUCUCACCUCACAGAAGGUGUGUUUGUACCAACACUGGUGGUGGUCUCUCAAACAUGGACCCUAUGGAUGGAGGAAUGCGUUACACUCCCGGUUCGUCGGACAGAGAUUGGGACCAAGCCCUCACGUUCCUGCCUGCGUCAGACAAUAAAAAACUAGAGAAGAAAAAGAACCCCGGGAAGGUGGGGAUCAUCGUAGGUCUGGUGAUUCUGGCGGCUGUUUUGGCUUUGAUCAUAGGACUGUUGGUCUGGCAUUUCCACUACCGAAAGGAUUUGAGGACACCAAAGAUUUUCACCGGCUCCUUCAGGAUAACCAAUGAGCCUUUUGUGGACGCAUUGGAAAACUCAGAGACCGAAUUUAAGAGCUUGGCAGCAAAAGUCAAUGCUGAGCUGGAAACAAUGUAUUCCGAGUCUUCAAAACUGACCAAAUAUUAUGUUGGUUCCAACGUUCAAGCCUUCAGUGAGGGCAGUGUAAUAGCUUACUAUGAGUCAGAGUUUAGUGUUCCAGAAGGAGAGGAAGGAGCGGUGGAUCAGGCCAUAAGCAGUUUGAGUGAAAAGUACAACAAUAAACUUCUGGGUCGUUUAACGAAAAGUCCAGGGACCCUGCAGUUCGACACCGUGGUGGCCUCAGCCCUCGACACACGUAUGUUUUCAAAAGCCAGAACAACUGUAAAAGAGUCUAUCCACCUCAAGGGUAAUACUGAAGAGGUCAUUACAUCCCCAGGAUUCCCUAACACCCCGUAUCCCCCCAACACGGUAGCUAAGUGGAAGCUUCGUGGCGACCCGGGUUACGUCCUCAAGCUGGCUUUUGACAGCUUCAAACUGGAGUCAAAUUGUGUGAAUGAUUUUGUGAGAGUGUAUGAUUCACUGGUCGCCGUGGACAAACAUCUGAUGGCAGAGAAAUGUGGCUUGUAUUCCCCCAGCGAACCCUUAGUCUUCAUCUCCUCCAGGAAUGUCAUGCUGCUCACCUUGGUGACCAAUGAUAAAGAGAAUUUUCCUGGCUUCAGAGUGCGAGUCACUCAGAUUAAGCGAGAUAGCGAAGAGCUCAGGUGUGGAGGUAAAAUGACUGGAACCUCCGGAGCGUUCACAUCACCAAACUAUCCCAAUUAUUAUUCCCCUAACACCACGUGUCAGUGGGACAUCGAGGUUCCCGUUGGGAAAUUCAUCAAGCUGAAAUUCUCAAAGUUCUUGGUGUCUACGGGGGUACAGGAUUCUUGCCCAGGAGAUUAUUUACAGGUGGUUGGUAAGAGGAGAUUGUGUGGACAGGAGCCAGGUAACACCAUGACCACCAGCGACAGUAACAAGAUGACCGUUAUGUUCUACUCUAAUUCCUCACACGUAGAUCGAGGAUUUAGUGCCAUGUAUGAGGCCUUUGCGCCCGAUGAUCCCUGUCCGGAUAAGUUCAAGUGUAACAACAAUCGCUGUGUCAAUAAAACUUUCCUCUGCGAUGGCUGGGACGAUUGCAGAGACGGCAGCGACGAGAGAAACUGCAAAUGCUCCUCCAACAUGAUCCAAUGCAAAAAUGGCUUCUGUAAGCCCAUGUUUUGGCAGUGUGACGGCAUAGAUGACUGUGGAGAUAAAACAGAUGAACUUAGUUGUGGAUGUAAGGCUGGAGAGUUUAGAUGUAAUUCGGAUCAGUGCAUCUCAGAGAAGCUGAAGUGUGAUGGCCGUCCCGACUGUGGCGAUAAAUCGGAUGAGGAAGGCUGUGCAAGAGACACGACCUGUACCGUGUCAACGUUUUCAUGCGGCAAUGGGAAAUGUAUCACCAAACAGAACCCCGAGUGUGACGGCCAAGACGACUGUGGCGAUUUAUCGGACGAGUCCAACUGCAAAUGUGGAAAGAAAGCUGUCAAGUCAUCUCGUAUUGUGGGUGGACAGGAUGCAGUCGAGGGCGAGUUCCCAUGGCUUGUCAGCCUUCACAUUAAAAAGAUGGGACACGUUUGUGGCGGGUCAUUAAUCAAUGAACGCUGGCUUGUGACGGCUGCCCACUGUGUGCAGGACGACGGCAAAUUUAAGUUUUCGCAACCGGGCUCAUGGGAGGCGUAUCUGGGUCUCCACACACAGAAAGUGAAACAGAGGGCAACAUUAAGAGACAUCAAACAAGUCCUUGCUCACAAGUCCUACAACUCCUACACCUAUGACUAUGACAUUGCUGUUAUGGAGCUGGAAUCACCAGUGACGUACAGCGAAACCAUUCGGCCCAUCUGCCUGCCUUCUGCUGCUGAAGAUUUCCCUGCUGGCUCUAUUGUCAGCAUCUCUGGCUGGGGUGCCACACGAGAAGGGGGCUCUGGAGCAACUGUGUUGCAGAAAGCAUCAGUUCGGAUUAUCAAUGGCACGGUGUGUAAUAAACUAAUGAACAAUCAGAAAACAUCUCGAAUGACGUGCGCUGGCCUUCUCGAAGGAGGAGUGGAUGCUUGCCAGGGUGACUCAGGCGGUCCAAUGGUCUUAUCCAUAAAUGACCGGAUGUACUUGGCUGGAGUGGUGAGCUGGGGUGACGGUUGUGCCCGUAAAAACAAGCCGGGCCUUUACACGACUGUUCCAAAGUUCAGGGGCUGGAUCAAAGAGAUGACGGGAGUUUAAUUUGUGGAUUAUGGUGGAGAAAUUUAAUGGACAAUUUUGGCAAUUCUGAUGUGUUAAUAUUGAUGUACACCAAACCCAGUUCUACCUUUAGGAUUUAACAUCAUUAUGGUGUGUGAACAGAAAGAUUUGUCCAAAAACAGUUUUAUAUAUUUGUAUAUUUUAUAAGGAGCGGUUUGAGGGUUUUAUUUUGUCUUAAAAUGUGUAAAUAAAUGUCUUAUUUUUUCCAUUAUAAAAAUUGGUUGUUUUAGCAACCGCAUUCUUUAAGUGAAGUUCACCUAUGUGUUGUUUUAAUGUGAAUGAAUUAUUUUUGUUUUCUUAGGAUCAUGGGGUUUGUAUUUCUGGCUCAAACUCGGUUAAAAUCGAACAAUUACAGUGCUUUUCUCAUGUUGCUUUUUCUUGACGGUUGCAAAAUGUAUAUCCUAUGUGUUGUGACUUAAAAUUAAGGUUUAGUCACCUGUAGAAAUACUUGAAGGGUGUCUUGUGUGCAUCGAAAUAUGUGUCUGUUAAAUGUCUGAGUCUGUUUUCUACUGGGACUAUUUUUAAAUAUUCUAAAGUGAAUUUAGCAAUCAAAGCAUUGUAUAUAUGCGAUCAUACACAAUAAUUUUUCACAAAUAAAAUGUUUCUGGUCAAUGUUGU